AUGCGCAACUCGUCGGCGAUGAGCAGCAACAAGCUCGCGCUGCACGCCCACCUCAAGGCUCGAGGGCACAUGGCCGACAUGCGCCCAGGACCGGCGCACCCGCCGCGCCUCGCUGUUCACGCCGCCUCUCCUCGCCCUCCCGAUUCGGCCAACGUCUUCUCGCCGACCCUCGUCGACCUGGCGCCGCCGCCCAAGCCCUCCCGCAACUCGCUCUUCGACCUCGACUGGGGCACCCUGUCACCCGCACCGCCGCCGUCGAGGAGCAGGUCGUCAACGGCCGAGUCGCAGUUCUCCGAGUCGAGCAGCGCGACGGGCGCGAGCACGACAGCGAGCACGGCCGCGAGCAGCGUGCGGCGCAACUGGAUGGACGUCGACUACUCGCCGCCGCUCCAGUCGAGCAUCCCCGCUCCGGCCGGCCUCGCAGCGACGGCGCUCGUGCCGCCCUCGCCUCUCGACCGCAGCGACACGUACAAGCUGCGGCUCGACACGACGCCCAUGCCCGGCGCCAAGGGCGACGCCGGCUUCGACUGGCCGCUCACGCCGCCGUCGCCGACGGCGCAGCCGCCACGCCCCUUUCCGACGCUCCCACCCUUCCAGCCCUCGCCGCCAUUCGUCGCCGUCACCUCCCUCGGCCACGCGCCCGUCCCUCCCGCUUCCCCCUCCAUCGCCUCGACAGCGUCCCCACCCCUUUCCUCGACUCGACCCUCCUUCCCGCACCGCAUCUCGUCGACGAGCUCGAACCCGCCCGACCCAUGUGCGCCUCUCCCGCCGACGGCCGGCCACUCGUCCAACCCGCUCCUCGACACGCGUCGCUCCCCCUCGUUGCGCAUGACGCCGACCCCGCCGUACCUCCUCGGCGAGGGUCGCCACGCGACCGUCUACCUCGCGAGCUACGCCCGCCCCGGCGACGCAGCCGAGCCGUGGCGGCUGUGCGCCGCCAAGCGUCUCGCGCCCGACCGCGAGAGCCAGGUCUCGGGCCUCGGCGAGGCCUUCAUCCUCGCCAAGCUCGCCGGCGCCGGGCGCACGAGCGACGACGAGCGGCGCGAGGGCGGGAGCCGGUUCGUCCUGCGGCUGUACGGCGUGCGGGACGAGCGGGACGGUCUCGAGGCGCCGCUCGCGCUCGCCGCCGUGUCGCAGGCGGGCAGCGCAUCGGUGAGCCGGCGCGCAUCGGCGUCGUCGUCCAAGCGGUGGAGCAUGGGCAGCAUGGGCAGUGCGGGAUCGCCGCGGGCAGCAGAGGGCGCGUCGGGCGUCCCGCCCAGCCCGCUCGGGCGCACGUUCCCGGACGUGACGGACCGCCUCGACGUCCCGCUCUUGCCGAGCGAGCGACGGCGGCCGCUCUCGCUCAAGCUCGACGGCGAGACGAGCCCGGGCGCGCGCAAAAAGGCGUCGCGCCACUCGGACCUGUCGCAGUUCGGACACGGGCACUCGCGCCUGUCGCUCCUGUCGCACGCGCUCGAGCCGCCCCUGUCGUCGUCCAAGCGGCGCAUCACGCUCUCGGGCACGGCGACGGCCAACCCGGGCACGCCCGCGUCGCCCGCCUCGCCGCCACCGAGUGCGCUUGCGCCCGCCCUCCCGAUCUCGCCCAGCUCGGCGCCGCAACUCGGCCCAGCCCUCGCGCCCGUCCCUCGCAUCGACAUCCUCCUCGAGUACUGCCCGCGAGGCCACGUGCUCCAGUUUGCGCGGUGCCACCCCGACCUCGUCGACAAGGCGAGGUGGAUCGACUGGGCGGGACAGCUCGCGAGCGCCGUCAGCUGGGCGCACGAGAAGGGCGUCCUCCACGCCGACAUCAAGCCGCAGAACGUGCUUGUCGCACCCGACCUCACCCUUCGCCUCUCGGACUGGGGCACCUCGCUCUUCCUCCCUCCCCCUUCUUCUCCUCUACACCGCUUCCCGACCGACCCGCACGGCCUCGGCACCCCCUCGUACUCGCCGCCCGAGUUCGUUCAGCGCCUCCCCUCGCCGUUCGGCUACGCCUCGGACGUCUUCUCGCUCGCCCUCACCCUCAGCACGCUCCUCACGGCGCGCGAGCCGUACGACGGCCUGCGCGCCAUCGAGCGCAUGCUGCACGUCGCGAGCGGCGGGUGGUGGGAGUGGGAGGAGCGGCGGCGCCUGCGCGAGGAGGGCGACGAGGCCGAGGUGGCGCUCUCGAGGGCGGGCAGCAUCCGCAGCACGCGCUCAGCCGCGAGCAGGAGGGGUCGCACGAGGAGCGACAGCCUCGAGUCGGUGCGCAGCGUCGUCUCGAACGCGCCCGACGCCUUGUCCGGCCCGCACGACUGGGACGCCGUCAAGCGGUCGCUCCUCCUCGUCGACCAGGACGACGCAUCGCUCGACGCCGCCAACGUGGCCUUGAGCGAGCGGGACCGCGCCUCGCUUGCGUCGUCGCAGCCGCACUCGCCCGUCGGCGAGCUCGACGACGACCCGCCGACGCGCACCUACCCGGGCACGGCGACGCCCGUCCAGUACUUCCUGUCGGGCACUCGGGCGCCGCAGGACGUCGUCCCACUCGCGGCGCGUGAGCUCCUGCGCCGCAUGGCGAGCCCGGCGCCGAGCGCGAGGCCGAGCGCGGCUGAGGUGGUCGACGAGCUCAGGAGGGUCGCGAGCGCCGAGGGCGUCGCUGUGUCGUGGUGA